AUAAAUUCUUUCUUAUUGAAUGUUUUUGCAUAGAUUAAAAAAAAGAUUGAUUGAAGUGGGAGAAUAGGAAUUUGUGGAGAAGUUAGAAGCUGAAUAUAAAGAAAAAUAAUAAAGCAAUAAAAAAGUGAAGGAUAGAAAAAUAAAAAGUCUUGAUUAAUAAUUCACAAGAGUUGCUUUUAAAUUAGCUUAUGUUGGAAUAAAUUAUCAUGGUUUAGAAUCUUAAAUAAAUUAACAUAAUACUAUUGAAAAUCAUCUAUUUAAAGCCUUAUAGAGAGUAAGAAUGAUUGAUAAUCGAGAUGAUUGUAAUUAUACAAGAGCAGGAAGGACUGAUAAAGGUGUAAGUGCAAUUGGAAAUGUAAUUGCUUUGAAUGUAAGAAAAAUAGGUAAAUCUGAUAAACUAUUUGGAUAAAUUUUAAAUAGAGUAUUACCAGAGGAUAUAUAAAUUUUAGAUGAAUGUAUUGUUGAUGAAAAAUUUAAUGCUCGUUAUGAUUGUAUUAAAAGAAUAUAUAAAUAUUACUUUUAUAAGAUGGAUUAUAACAUUGAAUUAAUGUCAUAAGCAAUGUUAUUAUAUUUAGGUGAACAUGAUUUUAGGAAUUUUUGUAAAUUAGAUGUUAUUGCAAACUAAAAUUUUGUAAGAACAAUUAUGAAUAUUUAAAUGGAAGAAGUAUUUCCAGAUAAUGCUCCUAGAUGUAGCAAAUUAUUUUAAGAUGAUGAUAGAUUAAGAUUAUACUGUGUUACUAUUGAAGGAAAUGCUUUUUUAUGGCAUCAAAUUAGAUAUUUGAUGGCAGUCCUUUUUUUAAUAGGUAAAGGAAUUGAAAAAUCUGAUGUGAUAAAUGAAUUAUUUAAUAAAUUAGAUGGUAAACCAAAUUAUUAAAUGGCUCCAGAUUAUCCUUUAGUUUUAUAUAAUUGUGAGUUUAAAUAGGAAUUAUGGAAACCUAAUUUAGAAAGUCAUACUCAAUUUAUUUAAGGAGUUUAUGAAAAUUUGAGAGAAACACUUUCUAAGAAAUAUAUUGAAUAUUUACAUUUUUAUUCCAUGGGAGCAGCUUUACUUAAGGUUCCUGUUCCAGAAAUUAAAAAUAAAACUGAUGAAAAAAAAUCACUUAUAUUUUAAAAAUCUGGAGUCACUGUAGAAGGGGCCAUAUAAAAUUUAAAAGGAAAAAGAAAAGAAAAAUAUGAUAUUAAAAUAUAAAAAGUUAAAGAAUAUUAAGAGAAAUGCUUAAAAAAGUAAUAAUUAGAGGAAGUUGAGAAUUUAUGA